CAGAGGCAAACAGAGAUAGAGGCAGCGAGAGAAGGAUCACGCGACCGAUAGAACCUAACCUAACCUGCAAAACUACAUUACGCAGAGUAUGCGUCUUAACCUCAACUUGCUUUCGUGAACCCAUUUCUCGUUGAAAGUUCGCGUACUCUAACUGAACGCGAUGAAUGUGACCGGCAAACUGUGUCAGCUGAGGCAAGCGCUGCGAAGUUGUAGGAAUAUACAUGUCACAUCUCUUGUAAAAAAUGUGUCUGCAUACGAGGGUCCUGGUAAAACUACCGUCACAUUUAUCAGUAAGGAAAUUGGCCCUAGAAUCCUAAUAUCUAAAUGCAAUAAGGAUGGAUUCACCUUGCACAAUGGCAUGGUAAUACUAGGACCAACAGUGCUCUUCCCAAGACAAGCUCUCUGUUGGAAUAUUGCAUCAGCAAAGUAUAUAAACGACACGACUUUGUCACUGUUUACUGUUCUGGAGCCUAAACCUGAUCUUCUGAUUAUUGGAGUGGAUAGCCAAUACAAUCUCCAAUUUAUCAGAAGUACACAGAAGCUUAUGUACAAAUAUAACAUCACUGUGGAGAUAUUACCUGUGUUUCAAGCAUGUAAAGUAUUCAACUUUGUGAAUGAGGAAGGCAGAUAUGUCAUAGCAGCCUUAAUACCACAGCAGUCUGCACAUAUGUUACCGAGAAUAGACAUGAAAAGAGCAACUAAUUCCGACGAUCCUAAAAGCAAAAGCAGAGAAGAUAGGACAGAUAAAAAACUAGAAUAAUCGUCCAUACUACCAAGAUGAACAGCUCAACAGAUCCGCGGCGACCCGACAAGGAAGUUCGCUACAAACCGCCCGGCUCGAACAAUCAAAAUCAGACGCAAGACGACCUGACGCCAGAUUACAUGAACGUCAUCGGAAUGAUCUUC